UAAUAAUAAUGGUAGAUUGUGCGGUGUUAUGAAAAUUUUCUCCCUCCGUGAAAAUGUCAUGUCAGUUAAUUAGAAUUUGUUACAUUGGCGACGUACAGUCUGUGAAGCGUACUUUGUUUCCUCAAGAAAAUGACAAUGAAGGUGCUGUGUCGUCCAAUCAAGUCCACGACUCUUGGGAUUGGCCUGUCGGCGAAGAACCGCAAGAAAAUUCAACGCACGAAAAGAAGAAACAAGAAAGCAACAAAUGGCUGCAAGAAUGUAUAACAUCGAUGUCGCCCGCUGCAGAUGUAAUGGCACUUGGCCGCAAACAAAAUGCUGUCUUCCUCACUGCAAAAGCAGGCAUUGGCGAAGAUGACAGCUCCAAGUAUGAAAUGUCGUAUCAUGGCUGUUUGCGAGAAGAUACCGGAGAUGAGAUUACUGCGCUGCUGUGCCUACCCCUUAGCUCCCAGAAGAGAAGCUAUCAAGGAUCUCCGGACUGGACAUGCAUCAUUGUGGGCUUCAAAUCUGGCAACAUCCAAAUUUACACAGAUGACGGCCGACCCUUGCUCACUCAACUCCUGCAUGAGGAGCCGGUGUUAAACCUGAAAUGUCGAACUUACGAGCCACCACGUUUCAGCGGAUUCAGCGAACAGCCAGAUGAACUGUACGUCAUCUAUCCUCAAGCUGUGGUAUGCGUUGAAGGCUUUGGCUUGUUCCAGACUUUGAGGGCCUGCAGGAAUCAGUUAGCGAGAGCCGCUGCUGGGAAUUGGAACUCUGUGACGCCGCCUCCUCUUAGCUAUAAGAAGUGGGGACAGCAGGACAUAAAGGAUGUUCAAGACUGUGAACUGGCAGGCACUUCACUGCCAACACUGUUUGACCAGAUGGCACUAGAAUCCAUCCGAAAAUCUCAAGGCAGGACGUUCCGCACUUCCGUAUCUGCUUCUAGUCUUUUAAUGGCAGCUGGCUCAGAUCCGUACUUAGGUUUUUACUAUGCCAAAGAGGGCAGCAUACAGCCGCUGCUUUCUGAUGUUGCCAUGGCUGUGGCCUUGCGGUUGAAGAGCUUCAUCUCAGAGAACUUUCUAGGAAUGAGAAAAAAUGCAGCUGAUGAAAAUAAAGCAGCUCCCAUAGAACCAGCAACACAGGUUCCUCUAAGGUUUGGCGUUUACGAUCGUCAUCGGCACGGCAGUGCCAUCUAUAUGUCUCCAAACAAGAAUCAUGUUGCUGUCACAGACAGUGUGGGUAGAAUCAUCCUCUUUGACGUAUUCAAGGGUGUAGCCACACGGAUUUGGAAAGGUUAUCGUGACGCCGAAUGUGGCUGGAUCGAGGUGGACGACACCACUCCAGAGACCCGCGUUAAUGGUGUACCCAGGAGAGUUCAGUUUUUGAUCAUCUAUGCUCAGCGCUGGGGAAUUCUGGAGAUUUGGUGUCCUCACCAGUCCUCCAGGGUUGCCGCUUUUGAUGUGGGCAAGACUGGCAGGUUAUUGUUCAACAACUACACUCUGAUAGGGCUGAACAAUGUGCUGGCACGGACGGUUCGAACGAAUACGUAUCCCUGCUGUUUCCUGACCCCUGAUGGGAAGCUGUACACAAUAGUUGUACCCUUCCACAGGGUUCUUAGUGAACGAAACAGAGCCAGAGACUUCCAGCUACUGAACGAAAUCCAGGAAUUCCUCAAAAGAGGAAGCAGUGAUCAAGAACAGAUGAUAGAAAAGAUGACCAAUGUAUUUUUGGAUAUGAAAGCGCCAAAUAUGCAACUGCAGGGCUUGGAGAGGGUCGCAUCUUCUCCCGACGUCUCUCCAAAGGUUCUCAAAAGCGUCACAGAUGUUUUGGAGAAUAGAUUGAAAGAGCAGGAGGAGGAGCAGCUCAGUUAUGACUCCAGGGUACUCCUUCAGUCGUGUACACGUCUGAGCCAGCUACGCCACUUAUAUGAAGCUAUCCAGCAAGAGCGCAAGAACGAUACCUCAGUCCAAGAUGGGAGCAUCAGCUCUGCACUCGUUCCCGAGGUCCUCGCAAGCGAGCUCAAGCUGCCGACCGAUGUGGUCUUCAAGCUACUUUCCCGAGUAAUAUUUUAUAAACCCCUGUGGCUGUCACACCAGAGGAAAGUCACUUUUAAAGACGAGGCCAUGACGCUCGACAAGUUCCUGGGUCAUUUCGAACUCUUCAAAAGUAAUUUGGAGAAAGAAGGAGCGGGACCUUUGCCCAUUGCCACAAAAUCGGGAAUAAACACCCAUGUCCUUGGUCGUUACCUGUUCUCUGCGGCCAUUGAGACAGACAAGAACCAUUCAUCGAUACAAGACGUAAUCGCAAGAACUGGUAUCACACCAGCUGUUCUUGCUGAAUCUUUGGUGCAGUACUGGCUCUCAGAAGAACUGACUCUUGGACAAUGGAGUUAUUGGCUGGCCUUCCAUAGGCUUUUGAAAUUUAUCUCUUUGUUAGAAGGUGAUGAAGCAUCAUUCACUGCAGCGUCUCCCACUUCUAUGUGGUGGCAGAGCAUUCGGAACAUGCUAGCUGCAUCUCCCAAUGUUCUAGCUUCUUGCGUGGGAGUCGCCAUUGGACAAUCAGUGUCAUCCUCCUUUCUCAAAAGGCCACAGGAAGGGGAAGCAGCUGAAGCACAUCUAAAAGAACCGGGAAAGUCACUCUCCGGUAGCGGCGACCGGGAUGAUCCAGUGAUUAUUGGUGAUGAAGGAGAGGAGGAACAAGGCUGGGAGCCAGUUGUGAUAGAGUUUGACCACUGGGAAACGCUGCUGAAGAAAUUGAAGGAUGUGUUAGCGCUAAGCACUUUGCUGAAAUGUGCAGUUGAGGAGAACAAGACUCCAGCUCGUAAGGAGAUCUCGCUGUCUUUUCUGCUGGCCAGUGGUCAAGGGGUUGUUACGGAACUCGUGGCAGCAUGGGCGUGCGAUAUUGGCCUGUCUCCCGAAGGUGUGGCACUACUGACUAAGUUGGAGGUCGACCCGAUCAAGACCAUUGAGCCGUCAUCUCACGGAGUAGUAAAGCAGGAAGAGUUGAACUUUUUGUUUUGGAAGCUGCGAAGAAGAUUUACCCGAUCGCUAGAGACGGACUCCUUGUUGGCUAACUGUGCGUGGGAGCACUUAGUCAGGUGGGAUAAAGACCGCAGUAAAGUGUGCCAUCUCUCCCGUGCCAUUGACUUCCUGUCAGAUGUUUCGAGUGUCAUUCUCAAGAAUGGUGUGGGAUGCAUUAUGUGGAAAACAUUUGUUCAAAAGCGGUUUGAAGCGUUGGCUCUCCUGAUGGAAAAGGUGGGAAAGACUCCUAAGGACCGGCUGUGCCGAAGGGAUGUGGAAAUCAGCGAUAUCCACCUGGAGGAGUUUGUAAACUUUUGCCGCCGUCUUCUGGAAACAAUUAUGGAGGCUGCUGUUGGUCCUGAAGUUGAAGCUCUGCCAGUACUUCCACUAGACCCCCUGUGGCACGGGCACGAGUGUCAAGGCCCACAGCCGCUUGUGGCUCACGCCAUCAGUCAACAGACUCCAAACUAUGCUAUAGUGAGGCUCCAUCAUCAGCUGGCUGUCGUCAUCUCCGCAAUCAUCUGCUUCCGACAGCGAUCAGUGCGCCCUCUGUCCUUCUUUAACUCCAGUUCUCGAAGAGCUUUCUUUCACGACCUGCAUUACCCAUUGACUCCUUCUGCGUUGAGUCUCCAGCAGCAGGGAGAUUCGAAGAGUGCAUCCCCUUGUGGACGUUUCAUUCUGCACUGCGUUACGGAUAUUGCGCAAUCCAUACCCGACCACACAGCUCACGCACCCCAACAGGCAUCUGCCUGGUUUGGACGCCUUAUUGACCUCUGUGAGGCUUGGAAGGUAGACACUGAUGUGGUGAGAAGACAUUAUGUCUGCGAGCUGUAUUCAGGAGGACACGACACCCUAGCAGAGGAGGUGGCAUCAUCUGUAAACAACAGAGCCCUGCUGGGAUCGCAACUGUUGUUAAUCGCUGGACAACGCAUAAAGCACCGCAUUAUGGGUGAUUCAGACCCACACGUCAAGUUGGCAGGGCUGCCAACAGAUCUCAGUGCAUGGCUGCAAACAUUGGAUGUAAACGUGCUGCGAUCCCGCAAUCCUCCUCCGAUCGAGACUGUGACGCUAAUCACGAGGGUGAUCAACCUGAUCCAAGACAAUCACAGCGAUCAGAAGUUGGCCGUAGCACUGUAUGAAGUGGCCAUGGAGAUCUGUUCCAAUGUGGCUUCCUGACAUUGAUGUGGACACUCAUUUUACCUAUUCUUGCAGCAAAAAUGGCACACGUGAUGUAUGAUAACUGACUUUUGUCUACUUGCUUUUAGCCAUAUGUACAUAACUGAAGUUUCUAAUAUAAAUUGAAGAGAUGAAAUGGC